GGUACACAUCAGUCUCCUGAGUUCGGCCGGAGCAGGGGAAGGGUCUGGAGCGGCUUCGCGGACAUGGCAUUAAACAGGAACCAUUCGGAGGGGGGCGGAGUUAUCCCCAAUAACAGUGAGAGCGUUUUGAUGACGUAUGAUCACAUUGAAAUAACAUUCCAUGAUAUGGAGCAUAUGCCAGAUGCUUUCAAAGGGACCAAGAAAGGGAGUGUCUUCUUGACCCCGUAUCGUGUUAUCUUUGUGUCUAAAGGAAAGGAUCCAAUGCAGUCUUUCAUGAUACCCUUUUAUUUGAUGAAAGAUUUUGAGAUAAAGCAGCCAGUUUUUGGAGCAAAUUAUAUCAAGGGCUCAGUGAAAGCGGAGGCAGGAGGUGGUUGGGAAGGAUCUGCAACAUUCAAAAUUACAUUCUCAGCUGGAGGUGCCAUUGAAUUUGGACAGCGUAUGCUUCAAGUAGCAUCUCAAGCCUCAAGAGGCGAGGUCCCCAAUGGAGCUUAUGGUUACUCAUACAUGCCAAAUGGAGGUUAUGCCUUUCCACCUCUUGCUGCCAACGGAAUGUACCCUUCUCCUCCCACAGGGUAUCCUUACCCCCCACCACCUCCUGCAGAGUUUUAUCCUGGUCCCCCCGUAGAUGGGGCUAUGGGAUACAUGCAGCCUCCUCCACCUCCCUAUCCUGGGCCCAUGGAGCCACCUGCCUCUGGCCUGGACCUUCCCUCUACUCCAGCAGCUGAAGCCAAGGCUGCAGAAGCUGCGGCAAGUGCAUAUUACAACCCAGGCAAUCCACACAAUGUCUACAUGCCCAUGGACCAGCCUCCUCCUCCUCCUUACUUUCCACCAGAAGACAAGAAAACUCAGUAAACCAGCCACCUCUCAUUGCAUCCUCAUCUCCGUUUGGCUAAAUGUUGAUUAGGAAUAGGACAGUGAUAAGGAGAGUCUAGUCUCUGUCCUGCACAUGUAGCUUCCAUGAGCAGCAGUGGAAGAUGCGUGUGCCAUUGGGAAAGAGAUUUUAAAGUUCCUUGGAUUGUCAUUCACAAACCCGAGAAUUUACUAUUCCCUUCUAUAUGAAUCGUUCUCCUUGCCGACGAAUAACGAAGGGACGAUUUUGUUCUUCCUCUCCUUUGCAUUUAGCUGCCCUGGACAAAGACUUCUUCAAACUGAAAAUUAACCAACAGAUAGUGAAAUGGUAUUGUUGGCACCUUGUUGUGUUGAUCAGCCCUUGCAUGCUGAAGCUUUUGAAGAAAACUGACUCUUUGAUCUAUUGAUCAGUUUCAGUGCAUGAACUCUGCCAUGGUACCAUCAAGGAUAUGCACCGAUCUCCUGACAAGAUCAUCUAAUGGCAUGUACUUAGACGCUGGUUCUAUUACAGUCCCUGGGAUUUUCUGCCACUUCUUCCACAGGAUGCAUAUAUGGUGGCUUUUAUGCAUCAUUAAUUAAUUUUGAACGUUUCUAUCCAGCCACUUCCACAUGUUGAUUAUUUUGUUCCUUGCAGCAACAAAAUGAUGGCUGCCUCUUUCUGGCCAGUAAAGCUUCUGAGCCUCUGUGUUAAACUUCGUAGAUCGGUUGUCUGAACUCCUUCCUAGCAUUUGAACAGGGUUUUCUAAGGAAGAAGGUGGCUCACACAUUUUCAUCUUUUAAAGAACUUAUUUUGGAUUUUCAUCCCAAACAUCCUAUAUAGGAGCAUUUUCCCUUUAGCCACAUGGAGCUCAACAGCCAUCACUUCUCCUUCAGGCAAACAGCAGAUUACCUUACAAUGAUCCUUCAGGUGAUGUCCAAAUUGACUUACAGGGAGACUAUGUAAAGGAGCUCUUGUGAGCCUGUAUUUUCCAUUGUUCUCUCUAGCUGCAAUUUUAAUAUUAGCAAACGCCAUAAACAGUGGGUGACCAGUUAAAUUGUGCUGUGGCCCCUGUUGUUCUUGCGCCAAAUUAUUGGGAGGGAAAAUAGGAAAACUAUUAAGAAUUGGUCUUGUAGUCCUUGGGCACGUGUAUCUGGUUCCCAAAAAUCUCAGAAACCUGUUUGGCUUAGGUUUAUGCACACUGAUCAGAAGUUUCACUACGUGCCCAGGCAGUUGGUGACCCGCUUUCAUUUAAUCAACAUCACUUCCAAUUUAUACGGGAAUAAAAUUAAAACCUGGCUUGUACAUAUUCUCCCAUCUUUUCUUGACAUCUUGUAACCUGGAAUAAUCCAAGUGAUUGAAAUCGCAGCUCUCUGGAAUGCUAACUUACUGAGCCAGUGCAGAAAGCUUGGACUUCCUUCCAAAGUCACUUUGAUGCUGGGUAUCAGGCAUUAAUUGAAAUAGCUCUAAUUUAUUCCAGCAGUAGGCACAUUGCAGUUCUGUUCCACUCAGCAGGGGAUGCCAACUGCUUCCUGUUGUUGUUGUAGAGACAUCCCAAGAGGGGUGGAGGGGGGUAGCAUCAGUUGCCAAGAAUAUGGCAAAGCAGGAUGGCUUAACUGCAUGCCUUUGCAAUGCUUGUUUCUUGCUUCCCUGAUUUAGCUGUGCAUUUCUUUUUUGAGUAACUUUACUGACCUUGUAGGUUUCCAGGGGAUGGAAACGUCCCCAUUUGCAUCGAUAUUGGUAGCGGUUACUGCUGCAUGAUCAAAUGACAGCCCAGUGGGUGAGGGGUUUGAGUUCUGACAGGAUGCAGAUCCAGGGGGUGUUGCAGAGCUGGCACUCAGAGACAUUGUGAAGUAAUGGAAGCUUUCUGAAACUCCAGUGUGCCUGGCAAAGGCAAUCUUUAGUUUGGUUUUCCAAAUGCUUUCUUAGCUGAUCAGUGUUGAUUAUGUGUUCUUUCUCCCCCUGCCACCUCCUCAUGCACUGACUUUUUUCUAGAUUUGCUAAUUAAACUGCAGUGAUAUAAAGAAAUAGUUAUUUUAAAAAUAGUAUGUAUUGGGAGGGGAGAUUGUUAAUAUAUUUAUGCCUGUGAAGCAGUUCUUUUGAAUGCAAGGCUCUCUUUUGAUUUGCUGAGACUGUGAAGUAAAGAUAACAUACAUUGAAAAUAUCUGGCUGUGUGUCUGCAUAUGCGGAGGGGGAGGGCAAGUGUUACUUCCUUCGCAAGCCUUGAGCUGAAAGAGAACAAAGCAUAGAACAAGAGCUUGGGGGUGGAGGGAAAGAGUCCUGAAUCUGCCACUAAUUUUCCACAGUGACCUAGGCUGAGCCACUUAAGUCUGCGAAACCCUUCUCUACAGUGUUAACUUAGAAAAUACCCCACCCUAUUCAAUCCCCCCUGCCAUUGUCGUUCACUGGCUAUUAUCAUUCAUCUUCUUCAGUCACUCCACUCUCCAAGAUAUAAGGACAGAUAGACUCACAUUCUAGCUGUAUCUGAAGAAGCGAGCUGUGGCUCAUAAAAGCUCAUCCCCUACCACUAAUUUUGUUAGUCUCAGAGCUAAGAGCUCCUGUGACAGACUCGGCUUCAGAGGCUGAGAUUUCCAGAAGUGAAAGUAUGAUUGACAUGUUUCCUCCCCCCCACACCAAUGGGGCUAGGUUGAAAUGGCAGUUGGGGAUGGAAUGUUGGGGAAGCUGUCAGUGGGAGUGGGAGAGUAAACAAGAGAGUGAGUUGGAGCCUGGCUUUUGACCAGAGAGGGUCAGUCUGUGAGAGGAAAUAAUGUUUGUGAAGCACUGUUAGUCCUAGGACUGAAGUGGGGAAAACCAGCACUAACUCCUACUUAGACUUGAGAGAUCUGGGAAUUAUUGAGGGCCAAGGAAGUGGGUAGAACGGAGUCUUCCCUUGAGUGCCAGGAACAGGGUUAUAGCUCAUAACUAUAACACCUGCCCAGUAUCUAGGAAGGGUUUGUCUCAGUGGAGCACCUUUAAGUCGAGAGGAGGGAAAGUUGUGCUGUGUUUGUGCUUUGAAAGUAGAGCAUUUGUGAAGCAGUGUCAACCUCUGAAAGAAGCCAGCAACCUAGUGUUAAACCAAGUGUUUGGUGCCUCACACCAGUGAAGUUGCUGUAUAAAAACCUUUCUCUUAUAUCAGUUCAAACAUCUGCCUACCUGCCCUCUGACUUUACCUGCUGUAAAUAAACCUUCAGUUAUG